AGGUUACGGUAUUACCUAUUUAGGUCCCAACUGACACCGCUUCUACAGGUCCUUUCCAUUGAGGACGGUCUGUCGCAGCUUUUUAAAUUGGAGGCUAACCAUGUGUGCAGCUAUGCUUUCCCGUAAUGAAGAGGCUUUAAUGAGUAUCAUGAAAGUCAUAAAGAACGUCGACAGGAUAGCCCGUAAUGAAGGUUUCUCCGGAGAGGGCAUUGAAGGCCUCUACGGAACUAUCGGCUUUAACGGCCAGAUGGUCCUAACCUUCAACCUCAUGAGGCAUGGAGACCUUCCCAGCAAUAUGUUACGACGGAAGCCCGGCCACGGACCAGUAGUGGUGGACUUCGGCGCUGGGAUUGGACGCCCGCUGCUGCUGUGGACGAUGCUCAACAUUGUGGAGCGGGCGGUUGGGUUCGAGCUGGACGCCUUCAAGGUGACGGGUGCUGCGACGUACACUGAGUGGAUGCUGCAUGAAGCCGUACACGAGAGGGGGCUGCCGGUACGGCGGGAGGCGCCGCGGGUGCUGCAGCGAGACCUGCUGCAGCUGAGCCCCGCCGAGGUGGCUGCCCACCGGCCCACCCUGGGCUACAGCUUCUGCGCCGGUGUCAGCCCGAAGCCCAAGCGCCGCAUCGGGGACAUAUUCAGGGCGGUGGAGAGCAUGAGGGUGCUGGUGGUGGUGGACUAUGGCAAGCGGAACGCCGUGCGGGCGCUGUUCGGGGACCCGGAGGAGGAGCAGCAGGGGGAGCAGCAGGGCCCCGGGGAGAGGGUGGUGCUGCACCGCACGCUGCGGGGGCUCAAGCCAGUGGGCAACAACGGCACCUACACCGCCUACAUCUUCCGCAAAGAGGAGGGGGAGCCGCGGCGGUGAGGAGCUGUGGGACGACCUGGACGAGGUCCGCUGCACACGUGGCUGAUCACCACCCACCUGCAUGAUCAGCGCACCGUGGGGUGAGGGGGCGCCCCGCCCAGUCGCAGGGUUGUUGAGGACUCGCAGGGCAUCUGCAUGUGUUUCGGCAGGACUGGGUACUUGCAUGUGUUUGGUGCGGGACUUGCAGGCGUGUGAGGAAGGCAGUAAAGGUAUGCUUGAACUCUAUUCGGAUAGCAAAUUGACGUCAGCAGUUGACAUGCAGGAGGUCGCAAGGGGGUGUUGCUGUUGUUGUAAAAUGGAGCAUGUUGGCAUGUACGGCCAUUCGUUGUUGUGCACUGCAGUGUUUGUUAGCGUUAAGGCAGGUUUGCAAGCUUAGCUGAAGAUAGGGUAUGCAUGGAGGUGCAGGGAUUGGGUGUAUUUGUUGCAUGAGGUGCAUCACUGGGUUUUACUCGGCAGGGAUUCUGAGCGUUGCAUAAGAUGCUUUAGUUCCGCUCAUUGACAUCUGUGGUUGCUCAGUACCGGUGGCUUACCGUAGUAGUGGGUGCUGGUGUCGUACGGUUGGCCGUGGUAGUAGCGCGACGCAGUGGGGCUGCUAGGACUACCGUUAGGAACGAGGGACCAGCGUGAUGCGACAACUGCUUUGUACUUGUGUUGGACGUACGGCUAACGUACCGAACCGGUGCAGUUCCUGGCUGGGGCUUAGGAUACGCGUUUUGCUCAUAGCCCUUAGGCAGGCAUCUUCGGAACCCAACUUGCUGCUUGGCAACUCUUGGGCCUCUCCCUCGCUACAUUGUUUCCAGCAGCUUCAGGAGCCCUGUGUGCCUGAUGUAAGCCAAGAC